CGAGAGUAUUAAAUGAGAAAACAUAUAAAUAAGUCCAGAACUUACUAGAAGAUUUCUGAAGAUUAGAAACAAAAACUCUUGAAAUUAGUUUGCUUUUUUGGAUUUAAAAUAAAGGAUGUAUAUUAUCUAAUAAUUUACAAAUAGGCAGCUAAAUAAUUGAAUAUCAAGUAUGCGGCAGCCAAAACAUAUAUGAUUUUCCAUAGGAACAAUGUUAUGAUGUCUAAACAUUCAAUAAAUUCGGAAUAAGAAUGUUAGAUUGCACCACUUUCAUUAAAAAAGUGCAAGUUGACAAUUAUAUCGAAAAUAGGUGGAGACGUGGUUAAAUCACUUUAAUUUGAGUACCCUAUGAUCAAAUAAGAAUGA